CACUCAGAGCUCAGGCUCAGACUGAGGGACAGAGAGCGACUCACACACACAGAGAGAGACAGAGACAGAGACAGAGAGAGCGAUAGAGAAAGAGAUUCGGGGAUAAUUCAGUGGUUUUCCCUCGCGCAGCACCCACGGAUCUAAAGAUGUGGAGAGAAUUCGGGAAGCUUGUGCUGUUACAUUUGUUACUCAUGGAGCUCCACUGCGCUAAAGGAACUCAUACGGAGUCGGAGUGUGAAGCUGGACAGUUCCAGUGCAACAACGGUCGGUGCAUCCCAACCCUGUGGAGAUGCGACGACGACGACGACUGCUCGGACAGCAGCGACGAGGAGAACUGUCCAAAGAAGACAUGUGCGACCACGGACUUUGCCUGUAAGAAUGGACAGUGCGUUCCCGCUAGGUGGCGCUGCGAUGGAGAGCCGGAGUGCGCAGACGGUUCGGACGAGGCUGAUGCAAUCUGCAGCCGACAGACCUGUCUGCCAGGGAAGUUUGAUUGCGGAGGGGCUGUCAGCAAAUGUGUUUCGUUGUCAUGGCGAUGCGAUGGAGAGAGGGACUGUGAAAACGGUGCAGAUGAGGAGCAGUGUGCUGCAGAUUCCAAGGCCUGCCCCCCCAAAUAUUUCCAGUGCCGUAACGGCAAGUGUCUGGCACCCAUCUUUGUGUGCGAUGGCGACGAUGACUGUGGGGACAGCAGCGACGAGGAGAAGUGCUCUACUCCCACCUGUGGUCAGCAGGAGUUCCGUUGCAACGACUCGGAGUGCAUCCCUGCCCUGUGGAGCUGUGACGGCGACCCGGACUGCAAGGACAAGUCGGAUGAAUCCAUGGAGCGCUGCAGCAGAAGGACGGAGCCCCAGAAACCUCGCUGCCCACAGGGCGAGUUCCAGUGUGGGAGUGGGGAGUGUGUCCACAUGAACUGGAAGUGUGAUGGAGAUGCAGACUGCAAGGAUAAAUCCGAUGAAGCAAACUGUGCCCUACUUACAUGUCGGCCUGAUGAGUUCCAGUGUGGUGAUGGCUCCUGUAUCCAUGGCACCAAACAGUGUAAUAAAGUUCAUGACUGUCCGGACUACAGUGAUGAAGCUGGCUGUGUUAACGUCACCAAGUGUGACGGGCCAAGAAAGUUCCGCUGUAAGAAUGGGGAGUGUAUCGACAGCAGCAAGGUGUGCGAUAAUGUGAAGGACUGCAAGGACUGGUCUGAUGAACCCAUGAAGGAGUGUGGCAUGAACGAGUGCACAGACAACAACGGCGGCUGCUCCCACAUCUGCAGGGACCGAAGAAUCGGUUACGAGUGUGACUGUCCUUCCGGGUACAAACUCCUGGACAAAAAGACUUGUGGAGAUAUAGAUGAAUGUGAAAACCCAGACGCGUGCAGUCAGAUCUGCAUCAACUACAAAGGCGAUUACAAGUGCGAGUGCUACGAAGGCUACGAGAUGGACCCCGCUUCGAAGACCUGCAAGGCUGUGGGAAAAAGUCCAUACCUGAUGUUCACAAACCGCCACGAGAUCUGUCGCAUAGACCUGCUGAAGAGUGCAUACACGCAAGUGGUUCCCACACUAAAAAAUGCUGUGGCCCUGGAUGUAGACGUUUCCAUCAACAAGAUGUUUUGGUGUGAUUUAUAUCAUCGUAAAAUAUACAGUGCUUACAUCAACAAGGCCAGUGACGCAUCGCAGCAGGUGACGCUCAUCGACUCUCUCGACUCCCCCGAGGGCCUCGCAGUCGACUGGGUCCAUAAGAACAUCUACUGGACCGACUCUGGCAACAAGAGCAUCUCAGUUGCCACGGGAGACGGCAUGAAGAGGAAAGUGCUGAUAGCCACUGAGCUGAGUGAGCCACGGGCCAUCGCAGUGGAUCCACACCAAGGGUUUAUGUACUGGUCAGACUGGGGAGGUCAAGCCAAAAUUGAGAAGGCUGGGAUGAAUGGAGUGGACCGUCAAGUUCUGGUGUCUGAACACAUUGAGUGGCCCAAUGGAAUCACCCUGGACUUGUCCAACAGGCGUCUGUACUGGGUGGACUCCAAGCUGCACCUGCUGUCCAGCGUGGAUCUGAAUGGAGAUAACCGCCGAGUGCUGCUGUCCUCCCAUCAUCACCUGGGACACCCGUUUGCCCUCACUGUGUUUGAGGAUCACAUAUAUUGGACAGACUUGGAGGACGAAGCCAUAUACAGUGUCAACCGACUGACGGGACACGAUGUCUCAAAGGUGGCGGAGCACCUCAACAACCCGCUGGACCUCAUCGUGUUUCACGAGCAGAGGCAGCCAAAGGCCCCAGACACGUGUAAUAUGGGGAGUCUGCCCAACGGUGGCUGUGAGUAUCUCUGUCUGAAGGCCCCUCAGAUCACAGACCACUCCCCCAAGUACACGUGUGCCUGUCCUGAUGGCAUGGAACUAGGACCGGACAUGAGGCGCUGUGCUAUAGUUCGAGCCAGAGCAACCACAACAGCUGCUCCGACCACCACAACUCCCACCACAACUCCCACCACAACCACCACCAGCACAACAACUACCACAACGGUAACCACCACCACCACACCUCCCCCUACCACCACCGCCACCACUGUGACGAGCACCACCGGCACCUCUGCAGCGACCACUCUCAGACCCACAGCCAGACGCCCGAUGACAACGGCCUCUCCUCAGAUCCCCAGAAGAACGACCACUCCGCACACUCGCACCUCCGCCGCCACGGGAAGAGAGGCGACCAGUCUCAGCAGCACAAUUCUGACGUCGACCACCACCCACGCGCCUCUGCUCGGCCCAGUGGCCCCAAACAGCAUUCAGAGAGAGAGCAAUGGCAACCUCUCCCAUAGAGCUUCAAGUGAUCACUAUCUGAUAGGCAACAACAUCACGGUAGCUGUUCUGGGGAUAGUCAUUCCUAUUGUCCCUAUCCUUGCCACAGUGGUCAUCGGAUUACUCUGCACCGGUGGUUACCUGGUGUGGCGCAACUGGCGGCGCAAGAACACCAAAAGCAUGAAUUUCGACAACCCCGUCUACCGCAAGACCACGGAGGACGACGACGACGAGAUCCACAUCGGCCGAAACAGCGACUCCAUCGGCCACAUCUACCCUGCAGUGAGUGGCAGCCACAGUCAGCCGUUCAUAGCACUUCCUCUAGGGGGCGGCAUCACAGACAGCAACUCUCACUGGUACUCGGGCGCGCCGAUGCUCUCCAGCGGCAAAUGAGAGGAUCUGCGGGAGAAAGGAAGGAGAUUUUUUUUGGGAUAUCUGAGAUUUGGGAGGAUCUGCAGUUUGUUGUUACAUGUAGGCCUGUUUUAAAAAAAAAUGUUCACACAUCACAUUUACCGAGAUCAUUGAAACCUACAAGCAUACACGCUCUUCACUACUGCACAGCGUUCACCUCAUUCACCUUCAUCGUCCAUAGUCCUACAGACAUUUAUCAACGCCCCGUCCUUGUCGCCAACCUGGCAUCCCAUUUAUUUAAACAUUGUGUUCCUUUUUUGCGGUUGUGGGAGCGUUUGUCCUCUUUCUUGGAGACAAACUCGCCACAUAGGCACAUCUCACCUUUUGUUUACAGAAACAGCUGAUGCAGAGGUAAAGUCUGUGUGCCACAUGGAAGGCAGCGUGCUUGUCAGAGAGGAGGAGUUUCUCUGUUGUUUUUGUUGCUGCUAAAAUGAUAACAAAUGGCCAUCCAUGCAUUAGUGAGCCAGUGGGAGCUCGGAUAAUAAACGUAAGCCACUGCAGCGGCAUCUGUUUAUAGAAGAGUGUUGAAACAUGCUAUAGGAUCGCUAGAAAAGCAUACAGGGAGGACAGUAAAGCACGGGACUGACUUCGUUUUAGAAGAGCACUGUAACGCCACGACUAGAGCUGCAGCUAACAAUUAUUUUCAUUAUCGAUUGUUUGGUCCGUAAAAUGUCAGAAGACGUUCUCAACUGUCUUGUUUUGUCCACGAACCAAAAUGAUUCACUUUUAAUGAUUUAUUCAUUAUAUGGAGCAAAGAAAUGAAGAAUAUAUUCACAUUUAAGAAGCUGAAACCUCAGAAACCUUGUUUUAAUAAUGAAGAAAAGCUUCAAACCAAUGAAUCCAUUGCCAAAAUAGAUUGAUCAAUGGAUUCAUCGAGUAAUUUCAGUAGUUUCAGCUCUAGCCAUGACAUUGCCAUGAUGUGAAGUUUAUAUUUAUAUCAUCCCUUAAGUAGUACUCUAAAAAUAAAAAAUGGGAGCAUAAAUCAGAAACAAGGACAGUAAUCGGUAGACGUAAGGUCAUAUUUUGUUUUUGUUUUUUUUUAUGUUUGAGUGGUUGCACAGAAAUGUGAGGACUGCCCUGUUGAUUUCUCUUUGAUAUAGAUGCAUUCUUAAGAAUCGAUAUCACAGCGCACAUAGCUGCAUACAGUCUUCUAGAAACGUGGCGGGACAGUGCCGGCUGCAGCCGCACUCGAAUGUGUUUUAAAUGUCGAGGCCACAUGUUAUUGGGACACUUGUGACAUUUACCCCAGCGAGUUUGUUGCUUUUUGGUAUGGCUGAGCGAGCAGGGAAGGGCAGCUAAAUGAAUUACAAGGGGGAUGGGAGAGAGAGCGCUUUGAUCGGUUGGCAUGGUAACACAGAUUUCUUUGUGGUGCUCCGUGGAGAAAGGAGGCAAAGAAUUCUGGGUAUCACUGGCAUGAUCACAGAAGAGACACACACACACACACACACACUAAACAGGUACCAACAGGAGUUGUAUUAAGAUUCAAGGUUGAAGUAACAACUGCUCCUCACUGAUAGUAAACAGAGGACUGUACUCUGGUCUCUAUAUUCUAUUAUUUGCUUCUUUACAAAGAAGUAAAUAAUAGAACUUUUUCUUUUUCUUUUUUCCCCCCUCUUAUUUCUUUUCCUUUCCUGUCCUUUUCUUUUGGUCACAAUGUGGUAACUCAGACAGAGGAAUCAUAAGCGUCCGUGCUGCAUUCCCAGCACAGAAACGGCCAUUAAAGGAGGUGGUGACAAAGAGGUAAAUUGGAAAGAGGGAAAAAAAGGAAGGUCAGGGUAAGUGAGGAGGAGGAGGAGGAGAAAGAAACUACAUUCCUUGAGUCCUGCCGAGCUUUUAAUCUGUCCCUUAUAUCGCCUCUGUUUUCCCUACCAGUCGUCUUUCUUUCUUUCUUUCUUUCUUUCUUUCUUCCCUCUCCCUCUUUCACCAGCCUGCUGUGGUAACAGUGUUUUUAUCUGCUGUUUGCAGCGUGUGGCUCUCAGUCUGGAGGAUGAUGGUUAUCCCUGAGGGGUGGGAUGCAGGCCUGCCCUCCCCCCAGUCCCCAUCCAGGCCCCUCCUCUCACCGCAGCAAUGAGGCCAGUGCAACGCAGAGGAGAAAGAGAAGGAGCAGGGGUGACAUGUACACAUCAUACUUCUUCCACUGGAUUAAUAUCACUACCACGACUAGCAACUCUACUCACUUCCUUCAGUGCUAGUUGUUAGUGCUAGUAACCUCUGCUCCUCUCCUCUCCUCUCGUCUCUCUGCCUCUUGUUAGUAGUAGUGGUUUAUGAAAGGCUGCUUAAUGAUUUCAUCCGAACUAACCUUAUUUGACUGUCUCAGUGCACGUUGUAAAUAGAGGGCUGUUUGGUCACUGUACAAGGGGGGAAAAAGCCAGCUUGCGUUUCCUUUAAUUUCUCAGACUGGUUAUUUAUUUGUCUGUUUUUGCUGUUGUAAAUAUGCACUCGGCGUCUGUGAGAGCUGAUUUGUUCACGUCUGCAGGAGCUCAUGGUGAUAGAUUCCCGCAGUUCCCUGCGUCGACAAGACACACAUGUCGUCCUUGUUCACACUCGCAGUCUUUCACAUUUGCUCCCCAACAUAACUUUGUUUGUGGAGGGUAUAAAUGUAGCCAAGGGCGGAGAGGGGACAAACAAAUGAUGGGUGGUGUCUCCAUAUGUGGAGGUGAAUUUGGGGUGGAAAGAGUGAGGCGGGACGCAGGACUGGGAGGAUUUGUGCCAGUGGAGGACGCUGCCUCGAGGCAACAAGCAUCUGGGCAGAGAAGGCAAAGGAUUGUGGGUAAUCCUCUUCCACGAUACCAGGUAUCGACGAAUACAGUUGAUACAGAACUUGAAUUUGAUCAUUUGUGCAGAGUUGCUUUUUUUGUUUGUGUUUGCUACUGUCAGUUUCACUUGGCCUUUUUGAGCCACAAUAUGAAUCGUAAUAUAAAUGAAGAUGAUUUAAAAAACUAAUAUUAAUGAACAUCAGCUUAGGGAACAUCAGCUGGUUCCUAAGAUAUAUCCUCACACAGGAAACGGUGAAAACACUGCAUUGUAUAAAGCUAUAGUCUUUUCCGUGCUGCUCUUUAACAUCGUCGUCCUUUUCAUUUUCCAAUCACUUGACCUUAGUUUUAGACGAUGAAUGCAUUUUAAAAUAUCAGCCUGGGUUUCAGGAGAUUCACACCACUGGCUUUGGUGAUUCAGAGCCUGAUCACUGCCACGUAUUUUUUUUUUUUUUCUUUAUUAACUUAGCUGUGUGUUUUGUGGAUGAGUCAGUGUUGAAAGAAAAGCCCACAUUUUAGAAGAAAUCACUUCCCCGCUGUCACUGACUGCUGAACGCAGUCGUGUGAGUGUCGCGCUCUUUUUGGACGAACAGAUGACAAAUUUGCAGAGGCUGAUUAAGCUGAUGUGAAAGCUGUGUGGAGAUGAGACGUGUGAAGCGGCAUUAAGGACUGAUCUCUCCACUGAAUCACCACAGACGAGCUUCCAGCCCAUUCAACCAGACGGAAUAAUGCGCCCGCUCCCUGAAUAUUGUAAUAAUUGCUCAUAAUGUGUUGUAGUAGUGAAUUACCAGACGCUGCUAUAUCAUGGCCAUUUUACAAUUGUAGUCUCAAUUGGGGGCAUUUUGAUUAUGUCAAGAACACUUAUAAUAUAAUUUUGUAUUAUUAUUAUUAUUAUUGUUAUUCUUAUGUUUAAUUACAAACCUCACUUGUCUUCCAUUCUUAGUAUAAGAAAUCUGACUAAUGUUAAUGGAAUACUUCACCUCUUUGUAUUACUAGAAUAGGGGUAGUAUUUCAGGGGUAGCACUGAAUUUAAAGUGCUGAUGUCCUGCUGCAGCAUUCUGGCUCUCGCCCCUCUCGCAGAAAGACGGCGUUCACCUCAGUUUACGAUGCACAGCUGUGGAGAUGAAGUGUAGGUGGUGAGUGACAUGCGGAGGUAAAUAGUCUUCAAAGCCAUCCACUGUCUCACUAAAGACUCACUAACGUGAGCGCGAGGAGGGGAAGCCGGCUCUCCCUUCAUCUUUACUUUGUUCUGAUGAAGUAAAAUAAAACAUAUUACACGGUGGACAGACUGUGACUCAGCUCAUACACGGUUUUCUUUCUUAAGCAGGAUUUAGAUUUAGACAUGCCUGGGAACAGUUUAAGGGGCAUGUCUCUAUUUCGGCAUAAACUGCGGUCAUUUUGAGUAUCAGAAUAUCAGGAUAUUCUUCAAAUAAACCCCAGCCUGAAGGUCGGAAGAUGUUCUUGAAAGAUUUCCCAAGAAAGAUAUAUAUAUAUAUGUGUGAAUUUGAAAUGAAUGAAAUGACAAACCUGCCGCUAGAUUGAACCCUGGACUGAGUCACUACUGUGACAGCGCACUUUCUUUCAUGUUCAUGUUCAUGUUCGCUCCAGGUCUAAUGGAGCUCUGUACCGAGGCUUCGGAGGUAGUCGAGAAUAAAUUGACGCGGCAGUGUAGAAGUUAUUAUUGCUACAGUGUGGGAGACAUAUUGGCUGAUCCACUUUGUGGCCACCUUGAGAGCACUGAAGGGCGCACGGGGAAGAAUUCGCGAGAGAUUCCUCCGUCGCUCACGGCGUAGUGAAGGUUGCAGUUGUGCUGGUGCAGACGACCGUGUGCCGCUGUCUGGGCUUCUGCUGUGUUGCUGUGCGUAUUUACUUAUUAAUAAUAAUAAUAAUAAUAAUAAUAAUGCUCCAAUAUCAUUGUUUUACAAAAGGUCAACCUUAUAAGGCCUCACUUAUGUGUGUACGUGUAUUUGUUACCUCUUUUCUGGCGUAAACACUGACCUUGUCGGGACCAAGGAGACGCAAAUCUGGUCUUAAUGAGGCAGGAACUGGUUUUAAGGGCCAAGAUUUGAAUUGUGUGUGUGUGUGUGUGUGUGUGUGUGUGUGUGUGUGUGUGUGUGUCACCAGGUCAGUUGAUGUGUUUUUUUUGUUCAUCAUCUACUGAUUCAGUCUUUGAGUAUUAUAAUGUAGCACUUGCUAGUUUCCAUGAAUCCACAUGAAACAGGGAUUGUGUCUGUGUUGAAGUGAAGCGAUUUAUUAUUUACAACAACCUCCGUGGGCAUUCACACAUCACUCCGUUAAAAACAGGGUGUAAAGUUGUUCUUCUUGCAGAGACUGCUUAUUUAAUUUCACUAACUGAUAAAAGCUUGACAGUAAAUAAUUUAGGUCGAGGACAAAGUCAUGGCGUACGUUUAAAACUUUAUGUUCUAAAUUUACUAUCAGUGAAACUAAAUGACCACAUAAUCACUUAUUUUAGUUUAUAUGUGAUGUUUUAUUGACUCAGAAACACUCAUUUGUCCAUGUAUAUAUUUUAAAUCAGAGGGGAAAUGGUUGAGAUAUUUGAGUUUGAUAAGAAUUGUGAGCCCAUUUGAUUGAUUUUGCCUCAUGUUGUUUCUGCUCAAGAUUAAAGGGUGAUUUCACUAUGUGUGAUCACGAUGAGAUUUUUUGUCUAGGAUGCACGAGGUGCACCUGUUGAAGGACAUUUUUUCUUCUUAUUUUUCUGUUUUCUUAACAUUUAAGUCUUAAUUUUAAUGGUAUAAAGUUAUCUGGAUGUUGAGCUACUCCCAACACAUCCUAGUGCACGCUGCAACUUGCUUCUCAAUAAGUCAGACUAAUCUGUCAACUAAACUGAUCAAAGCGAACGCUAACAUUCCUAAUAACCUGGUAUCUUGUGUAGUUGUUCCCUGAUUUGUGCUUAACUGUCUUCCUUCUGUGCAUUCGUCUAAUACCAGUCUUUGUCUGCUCAGAACAUUUCUUUCACCUCUUCCCACUCUCAUGCAUGAUAUAAAACACAUUUUCAACAUAUUUCAUCUUCAUCACCAUCAACACAUUUCUUUUGGCAAGGGCUAUCAGUCUACACACACACACACACACACACAAGGGGAAAAAAACCACUGGAGGAAAUAAACUGGAAAUUUGAAAACUAACAAGGAAAACCCUGGAGCUGAGAGAGGGGAAAAAAAAAAGUGAACCAGCAAACAGGCAAUAGAGCGUGCUCAGCCAGGAGAGGCUGCUCCCCCCUCCUCCUCCUCCUCCUCCUCGCCUCCGGCUACAGUUUGGACCAUCAUUGACUCGACUCGGCUGGCAUUUAACUCUUGUUGACCCAGUGACUUUCCUUCACCAACUGGUUUCUUAUAUAUUAUCAUGUGGGGUUUUUUUGCGCUGUAAGUCUGUGAUUUGUAGUUUUUUCUUUUUCCUAACCAAACUAUUCCCAUUUUUCAUAUUUGAUCUACACGAUGUUGUCUUUUUGAAUAAUUCUGUCGCCUACAUUGGAGGGAGGGAGGG